AUGCCAGGUUUAUGUACAAAAAGCCAAAUAGAACAAAGAAGUAAGAAACUCAUUUUCCCUUAUUAUGUCGCACGCUUGCACUUGAAGGCUAAUAUCUCAUGCAAAUCUCCGCUUGUCAAAAAGAUUAUAGCAGCUCAUGGCAUAAUACUUGGAGGCUAUGUUGAUGAGAUACUCCGGUAUGUAGUGCUGAAGAAAGUGACAUCAGUUGGUGAUGAAAAAGGCCGGUUCUCACUUUACCUGUCAUCAAUGCUCAUGUAUGGAACUGUCAUGCUAUACAGGCGACAAGUACGCUUCUUACUAGAUGAAGUCAUGGGGACAUAUCAGAAGUUGCAACAUCAAAGGGCAUUGCUUUUAGAUCUUGAUACUAGCUCUGGAGGACCUUUGCGAGUCACAAUGCGGGAGCCCUCCAUGGCAGACUACAUGAAUGAAGAUUGGACCCUUCUGACCCUUCCGUCUUUGCCUAGCUUGGAUACUUCUGUCACCACUCCAAGAAAGAGAGACACCACUUCAACCCCAGUAUCAGCUGAGAUAGAGACCAUGAGACUUGAAGUGCAUACAGAAUUUACAGGAGACAUUGAUGCCCACACUCUUUUGGGAGACUGGAUAGAGACUCCCACCAGAGCACGGCCAGAGGACAUAACACUUCGAGACCUGAGCACUACAAAUACACAGCCAUUUGCUUUACAGAUCCCUGAGCUGCAAGAGGAGCAGGCUUUGGGACCUAUUGAUUUGGGCCCCCCAUUUUUGUUGGAAGGUCCAUUGGCAGAACUACCCCUAGAUCCUACUCUUGAGAGUGUAACUAGACAGCUAGACCUUAGUGGCCAGGACACAACAGGCAAGAAGUCUGAGGAAGAACCUGAAAAGAGAAAAAGUCCAGAGAAAGAGCAAAUGUUGACGACAGGAGAGCAGGAACUAUCUGAGACGCCACAACCUGUAGACAAACAAACAGAGGAUAAACAUAUGGAGGAUCAAAUACUGCCUCAUGUGGAAGAGACACCUAGUGGCCAGCCAACUGUCCCACAUGCUGAAAUUAAAAGGAAACAUGGUGCUCCUGAGCCUACUAUAGAAGAAACCCCGGCUGUAGCACCUCAGGCUCCUCCAACUCGUCCUGUUGAUACAUCAGACAUCCAUCUAGAACCAGUUGAAGGACCUAAAACUAAAAGAGGUCGUAAGAAACGCAAGGCCAGAAGAUUGAUAAUUGAUGAUGUUACACAGAUUUCACGAGAAAACAUCAGGGAACAGGCCACCAGCUUCCAAGAUACUAUGAGGCAUCAACUUGCUAGUGAAGAUAAAGUACAUAUACACUGGUUCCAGAAAAUAAUUCCUACCAGUCAGCUUCUCAUCCAAGUAAGCCACCGACCCAAGAUGGCUGGAGCCUUGAAAGCUCUUUUGUCUCGAGGUUAUCAUUCAGAUCCUAAUAAGGAACACUGGGAUUUUCAACACCCAGUUAGAAGGCAGUUGCAGCUACCAGAUGAGAGUGUUGAGGGUGCUCGCUUUGGUUUGAGUAUUGUUAGUGAAGAUACUCUUCUCCUCCCGGAUGUAUCCUCUCUGCUGUCUUCUAAUUUGGAGUCUUCAAGAACAUCUGCGAGUAGAAGCUUGUUACGAACACCAAAUGUCAGUCAGAUAGAACCUGUGCAGCAAGAACCUGUUCAGCUUCUCCCUAUUCAAGAAGAACAGAUUGAAGCAGAAAGGCAGAGUGUUUCAGUUGAUCAGGUUUUACCUCUGCAGCAACAACCACAAGUUGAUCAUCCUGCUGUUGAAAAUCUAGAUAUGAUACAACCUAUACCUCAUCCUGUAGAUCAACCACCCUCUGCCACAAGAACUGAGGCUAUUCUGUCAGAGUCAGCCAUCCCCAGACCUAUAAUAGAAGUGGAAUCCAUAGAAGUUAGGCAUGUAGAUGAGGUGCCAAAAACUAGUAGAGAUGCUCAUAAAGAGCACUAUAGUAAGACAACUAAGCUUGUUAGUGAGGACAUUAGAGCUGCCACACCCCCUGGAGCAUACCCAGCUGUGAGGAGCCAUAUGCCGCCUCCUUCCACACCUUCGCCACGACGUCCUAUUCAGUCUCCUCAGGUUGCUUGUGAAGUUGUUACUGUUCAGGCUGAUGUACACCAUAUCCCUGCACAUAUGGACAGAACAUCUGCAGGACCAGUCUCCUUGGAAGAUUUAGAAAUUUUUCCAAUGCCUGCCACUGGAGAAUUUGAGGUGCAAGAAGUGGCACCUCAGUUGAUAAAUGGUGGGCAGCUUCCAGAAGAGGCAUUCCAAUCUGAGGCACAACAGCAACCUUGUGAUGUACCUUUGCCAUACAAACCUGUUGGACCGCUUAUUGGUGAGGAGUCCUUCAUUCCAGGCACCAUCACCCCAAUAAAACAUCCUUCAGCUCCUCCUAGGAUUAUUGAGACACCAGAUCCUUCACAGCUGUCUCAUUUGGAUACUGAGAAGAAGGUGCUUAACAUCAUAGACAAACAUACAAGUGGGAUUCAUAUUACGUUUACUGACCUACUGCCAGAGGAACCCACCCGAAAGUCUGUGGUCAGUGUGUUCUCUACUCUGCUAGAGCUACAUAAGAAGAGGUUGCUGUCAUUAAUUCAAGAAGAAAACUAUGACGUCAUAUACAUUGAACGACUGUGAUAGUAUUUUUCUGGAAAUCCUGAUAGCUCAUGGAAUUGCUACAAAUGAAUGAAUAAUUUGUGAGCCUUUUAAGCAAUUAUUAUAGAUUAGACUAAUUCAGUCAGUGAAGAUGGAGAAUAUUUCAUGAUAUUAGUUUAUUUUAAUGGAAAUCAUAUAUUAAUCUUAACCAUGUAUGUUUUCCUUACUUUGCAAAGAUUUGAAAUGUGUGUUUUUUAAGUUCCCAUUAAUUAGUUUAUACGAAAUUUAAGAUAUGCUUUGACAAUGCAUGGUGAGAAAAUUACAUUGCAAUUGGAAUCUUAAUAGAAUUUGGAUGGUAAAACUGCAUAUAUCUCCUUUUAAUGAAU